UACCGCACAGGCUCAGAUCCCCUGCCCGGAGGAGGUGGUUACGUUGUGUCUAUUGUAUCGCUGGACUUGUGUGUUUGUACAUUUCUCAGGACGAGAAAUUGAGAGUGAAAAGCAUGGCAGAUGAACAAGAAAUCAUGUGCAAAUUGGAAAGCAUUAAAGAGAUCAGGAACAAGACACUGCAGAUGGAGAAGAUCAAGGCACGUUUGAAGGCUGAGUUUGAGGCCCUUGAAUCAGAGGAGAGGCACCUGAAAGAAUACAAGCAAGAGAUGGACCUGUUGCUACAGGAGAAGAUGGCCCAUGUGGAGGAACUCCGACUGAUCCAUGCUGAUAUCAAUGUGAUGGAAAACACCAUCAAACAGUCUGAGAAUGACCUAAACAAGCUGCUAGAGUCUACACGGCGGCUGCAUGAUGAGUAUAAGCCACUGAAGGAACAUGUGGAUGCCCUGCGCAUGACUCUAGGCCUGCAGAGGCUCCCUGACCUAUGUGAAGAGGAGGAGAAGCUGUCCUUGGAUUACUUUGAGAAGCAGAAAGCAGAGUGGCAGACGGAGCCUCAGGAGCCCCCCAUCCCUGAGUCCCUGGCCGCUGCAGCCGCUGCUGCCCAACAACUCCAGGUGGCUAGAAAGCAGGACACUCGGCAGACAGCCACCUUCAGGCAACAGCCUCCACCUAUGAAAGCCUGCUUGUCAUGUCAUCAGCAAAUUCAUCGGAAUGCACCUAUAUGUCCUCUGUGCAAAGCCAAGAGUCGGUCCCGGAACCCCAAAAAGCCAAAACGGAAGCAGGAUGAAUGAAGAGAUGGAGAAUACAUAGAGCUCUGCUGCUCAUAACCCUUCCCCUUGGCCAGAGUGAUUAAUGUCCUGAUUUGAGACCACCCUCCCCUACCUCUGGCAAGUUUCCUAUUUAAUGUGAUGGAAGCACAACCCCUCUCACUUUGCUCUUAUUUCUUUUUUCUCUUGGAGUUUCUGAUUUAAGAAGGUGCUAAUGACAGUGUGUCUGAUGAUCCCUUCUCUCCCAUCCACAUUUCAACCCUUGCCCUUGUUUGAAGUUGAGGGAAGGACAGAAAGCCCAGAUGUGAUUCUCUGCCUCUUAUGUCUGAGGCCUGGGGCCUAAGGGCUGAGGGUUGGAGGAGGCCCUUACUUCAGGUAAAGGCUCCAGUGUGACCUCUCCUUGUACUUUUGCCUUAGGCUCUGAAGGGACAAUAGUCUUCUUGCAGGACUUUCCAGUAGCCUUGGUGUAUAUUUCUCCCCCACUGCCACACUCAUCUCAUCUCAUCUAAUCAAAGUCCAGAAGUAACUUGGACAAGGCCUCCUUUUGGAGUUCACUCUCACCCUAGUCUCCCAGAUAUACUAAAGUUCUCAGGUACCAGGCUGUGUGUCUAGAGAUUCUGAGACUUACGGGUUUUUCUCCCAUAACCUUAGCUUUUCAAAUCAAUGGCAGAAGUUCCCCACGGUGAAAUUAGGGAGCCACACCCACUCCACAAGUCCUUUAUAACUUGCUGCCUAAAUCAUUGGGCUCUAAUGUAGGAGCUGCCUUAUGUUGAGAGGGACCCUAUGCUGACAUCUGUGUUGCCAAAUGUUCAAAAACAUUUUGAACAAAACCAUUUUUGUUCAGAACUAUUAUUCUGGCACUUACAUAGUGAUAUAUAUGAUAAUCAAGUGAGUGAUAACCAUUUUACAUAGGCAAGAGGGUGGGACUUCCCUUCUAUCCAUCCAUCCCUCUCUUGGGUCUUCCCUCUUCUGUAAGGAGGCCUCAGCUCAGGUCAGCUGCUGGCCACCCCCUUUCCUAUAGAUUCUCCAGGUGGCCUUCCCUUAUAGAAGAAAAGGCACUAGGCUCCUCAGGCCCUGUAUCUCUCCUCUCUACCAAAAUCAGAUGUCUAGUCAAGUUACUCUUAUACUUAAAGACAGAGAUGGGAGUUGGCUGAGUGAGAAAGUUUUAACUCCAAUCUCAGUCCCUGGCUGGGGAAAGGGGGAUAUUUUCUUCCUUCUUUAACUGUAGUUUCAAGUUGCUGGUGUUCAUGUGUUCAUAAUAUAAAAAGUUCCUCUGCUCUUUGAAAGUAGAGUGUUAUGUCUGUACGAAUUCUUUUAAAUAAACAUUUGUUCAUUGGAGUGAA